AAAUCAUUCUCUUGGCCGACGUUUUUUUACAGAAGUAUUAUUAAUUUUAUUUUUAGGCAAUAUUUAUUAGAAAAAUAAUGUGCUAAGAUGGCUGGUUUUGAUUACACUGGUUACAACAGGCCGUAUGGGUUGGAUCCCAACAGAGAAAGCAAUGAUUUGUACGAUUCCCGCUACCAGCAAAUAUACGGAUAUCACACACCUAUGACUGAAGAAUACCAGGGUCCACCUCUUGUUAUGGAUGAUAAUUCUGAAGAAGACAACAAUGCAUAUGUUACAACAGCAAUUAGUGUUGCCAGUCUAAUCACUGAGAAUCUCCUCAGCCAUCCAUUUAUUGUGUUAAGAAGGCAAUGCCAGGUUCACAAUAACCUCCGCAACUACCAUAUAGUACCUUACACAUUAAUGCCGGUUGUGGUGCGGCUGCAUCGGCGACAGGACUUCACGACACUGUGGAAGGGCAUCGGCUCAACUUGCAUUGUCAAGGGGCUCAACUUAGCUGUGGAAGAUGUGGUGGCUAAAGCAACAGGGUGGCCCAAGGAAGUUUCAAAGUGCAAUUCAGUAUUGCAGUUCCUCCAACAUGUGACUCUAAAAUGCAUAAGCCUAGCCAUCAUCACGCCAUUCUACUCAGCGAGCCUGGUCGAAACAGUUCAAAGCGACAUAGCCAGUGACAAGCCAGCUCUCCUCGAUGUGUUCAGAGAGGGGUUCCUGCGUAUACUGGAGUGGGGAACACCUAGCAGAGGCAGAAUGCUCCCUAUAUGGGCCAUAGUCGGGCCGACGGCUGCUUUUGGAGUUACGAAGUAUUUGGCUCACGUGUCGUUAAAAAGCAUAACGGUCCGUAUCCUUCGCUUCCAACAGCGCCAUCGCCACGAGCUUAGCGACUCGUACAAUGUUAACUACAAACAGUCGCAGAACCCGCUGAUUGAGGAUAUCAACUUGAGGGCCAACAUAUUCUCCUUCAUUACCAUGGAGAUACUGUUCUAUCCCGUGGAGACGAUUAUACACAGGCUUCAUAUACAGGGUACCAGAACAAUAAUCGACAAUCUCGACACGGGUACUUCCGUGACACCGAUCCUGACCGGCUACGAAGGCUUCAUGGAUUGCUAUAACACCACAAUAGCCAAGGAAGGCUUGUCGGGACUCUACAAAGGGUUUGGAGCCCUCAUACUGCAGCUGGCGGCCCAUUUGGCCAUAAUCAAAUUGACAACCUUGGUUGUGUCAGAAGUGUCCAACCUUCUCAAACCUGCCAAGACUCCCACAAGUGAAGAUUCUGCUCCCUCCCAGCAAAAGUACCUGUUUAACUAGAGAUUUUAGAUCAAUUUCGGGAUUUGUUUUAAGAGUAAUAUGCAGAAAUUACCUCUGUAUGCAAAUUAAUCAAUUUUUAUAUAUGGA